CCCGUUACUCCUCUACCUAAUCGUGUAAUCAGUAGAGAGCUCACAGACCGCUCUUAGAAACUAUGUCUCAGCCACUCAUUACUUUGUAUGACGUUCCCGCCUCGAUCCCGCAGCCAUGGGCCCCAAAUAUUUGGCGUAUCCGCUUCAUCCUCAACUAUAAACGCCUUCAUUACCGAACAGUAUGGAUCGAAUUUUCCGAUGUCGAGGCCGCCUUGCGUUCCAUCAACGCCCCGCCGACGGCUCAUAGAAGCGACGGGCAACCAAUCUACUCACUUCCAGUAAUAGUCGACUCUCUCCGUUCCAGAUCCCAUCCCACCAUUUUGUCCAACGCCAACAUCAUCGCCGAAUACCUCGAGGUCACCUAUCCCGCUCGGCCGAUCUUUCCGGAAGGAUCCCGCGCAGUGCAGUCGCUCUUCGUCCAUUACAUCCAGGAGGUCUUCGCCAAGCCGCUCUUGCCCAUACUCGUCCCGUUGACCCAUCAAGUGCUGCCGGAGCGCAGUCAAGCCCAUUUUCGCGGUGCUGGAGCUGGCGUACAGCUCACGGGCGCGCAGCGAGAGCAGGGAUGGCGCGCAGUCAAGGAGCAAUUCGAUUUCCUCGCCAGUAUUCUGGACAAAAACAAUGGAGCAGACGGUAACGGCAUCGUCGUGAUGGGCCACGACGUCAGCUAUGCGGAUUUUGCCUUGUGCUCCGUGUUGAUUUGGAUCGAGCGCGUAUCGCCGCAUGACGGCUGGGCUCGAGUGAGACAGUGGAACAACGACAGAUGGGUCCGGUUGUGGGGCAAGUGCAAGGAUUACAUGGACGUGUUGUGACGGAGAGGCGACGCGUCGUGCCGCAGGCGGCCCAUUUCAAUUUUGUAGCGCUAGGAGCAAACAAUCACCCUCGCUGUAUACGCCGACAUAGAUUAGUGACUGCUAAAUUAUCUAGACAUCACCGCUCGUUUGUAGCUCACCGUUAUUACUUGUAUUGUAGACUGACGCCGUGCGCCGCGUGUCAUAAUACGAGAUCACAUUGCAUUCGUUUCGUUUGCAACCCCA